GGGUACUGGAAGUUCCGGGUUUAAAUGAACUUAUACUCACCUCGACUGCCAGCCAUUGACACUUCAAACGAUAGCCGGACAGAAAAUGUCUUCCCCACAGUCAAGAAACCUAUCUGUAACUGCCAGACAUGAUGUAUAUCCGGCAAUUUCUCCAGAAACGUACUUCUCUGGCUCUUCUGAGGCUUUUCGCAGCAAAGUUGUCCUUGUUUUCGGAGCGUCUAAAGGCGUAGGCUUAUCCAUAUCCUCCUUCUACACUCGCGCAGGAGCGAAACUCGCUAUGAUCUCUAGGUCUGAGAAAGCGUUAGCUGUGGCCAAAGAUCAGGUCAUCUCCGAAGCAGGGUCAUUGAAGCCUGACGUGCUCACUGUGGCUGCAGAUGUUGCCGACACCAAAGCUGUGGAAGAAGCAGUUCGACAAGUCAUCGAGGCUUAUGGCCGCCUUGAUAUUGUCAUUGCAAAUGCUGGGAUAAGCAGUCCUUGGACAAAGCCUUUCGUGGAGAACGAUCCGUAUAGUGACUGGUGGAGAACUCUGGAAGUAAACCUACGGGGCACAUAUAACGUUGCCCAUUAUACUCUUCCGCACUUGGAUAAAACCAGCGGUUCUUUUGUUGCCAUCACCUCAGCGGCCUCACAGGUUAAUGCACGAUUUGCAAGUGCUUACGCUGUAUCGAAAACUGCAUUGAACAGGUUCGUUGAGUAUGUUGCCAUUGAGCAUCCAACAGUUAAAUCUUUUUCAAUGCAUCCUGGAACGAUCAAGACAGACAGUCUGCCUGCUGCCACAGUAUUGAGAUUAACAGAUGGGAGCGGAAGGUUCGACUGGCUUUCGGGAAAGUUCGUUUCGGCCAACUGGGAUCUGGAGGAAUUUGAACGUGACUGGAAGGAGGACAUCAUGAAUAAAGGCCUGCUCAUCACCAGGAUCCUUGUUGAAUAGAUAUGUAGUGGUAGUUGGGAUGAUUAAGAAACUACAAAGACGUUUUUUAGAACCAAAUACAUAAAUAGAUAGAUUACUGUUUGCCCUCAGUGCUGUACAACGAAUCG